AUGAAUUCGUGGUUAAGGCUUUCUGCCGUCAAAUUGCAUUCGCGUAGCUAUUCGUUGCUUCCACAAGGAGCACAAGCAUACAUCGGUGGGAAAUGGACGAGUUCUCAAACAGGAAAAUCGUUUGAUGUUUUAAAUCCAUACAACAACGAAGUGGUGGAUAGAGUGACCAACUGUAAUGUCAAAGAUGCAGAAAAAGCAGUACAAAGUGCCGUAGAAGGGUUCGAACAAUGGGCAUAUUCCUAUACUGCUAAACAACGUGGCGCGAUUCUUCACAAAUGGUUCGAGAUUCUGCUUCAACGCGAAACCGAACUGGCGACUCUUCUGACAAAAGAGCAAGGAAAACCAUUGGGAGAGGCGAGAGGAGAGAUUCAGUAUUCUGCAGCAUACUUCGAUUGGUAUGCAGGAGAAGCUCGCCGAGUUUACGGACAAGUCGUUCCAUCGGCAGUUCAUAAUCGUCUUCAUCUGCAUACUCGUGAACCAAUCGGAGUCGUUGCACUUAUUUCCCCAUGGAACUUCCCAACUGCUAUGAUUGCCAGAAAAGCUGCUGCAGCGUUGUCUGUCGGAUGUUCAGCCGUUGUGAAGCCAGCGGAAGACACUCCAUUAUCUGCACUGGCGCUUGCUCAGACAGCCGAACAAGCUGGAAUUCCCGCUGGAGUCUUCAAUGUAAUCACUGCGGAUCGUGCCAACACUGCAGAAAUCUCCAAAUUCCUCUGCGAAUCAACCGAUGUCUCUGCUAUCAGUUUCACAGGAAGCACUCCCGUUGGAAAGCUUCUUCUCGCGCAGUCAGCAUCUACUGUAAAGCGUGUAUGCCUUGAACUUGGAGGCAACGCUCCAUUGAUUGUUUUCGACGAUGCCAAUCUUGAUAUUGCCGUUGCUGGUACUAUGGCCACCAAAUUCCGCUGCUCUGGUCAAACCUGUGUAUCUGCAAACAGAAUCUUUGUUCAUGAGAAGAUCCACGAUCAGUAUGUUUCUAAACUAGCAGCUGCUAUGAAAGAGAAGCUGGUGCUUGGAGACGGAAUGGAUCCAAAGACUACUCAAGGUCCAUUGGUGAAUCAGAAAGCUGUUGAUAAGUGCGAGCUCUUGCUCUCCGAUGCUCUCGGAAAAGGAGCUGAACUCAUCUGCGGAGGAAAACAUGGAGAGCAUGGAAGCUCUUAUGAGCCAACUCUCAUCACCAAUGUUCAAUCGAACACCAACAUCGCCAACACGGAAAUCUUCGGUCCAAUCGCACCAAUUCAAAAGUUCCGAGAGGACGAUGAAGUUCUCCAAGCUGCCAACAACUGUCGUGUUGGAUUGGCUGGAUACAUCUUUGGAAAGGAUACUGCACGUCUUCACAAAUUCUCCAGAAGAUUGGAAGUUGGAAUGGUUGGCGUGAACGAAGGUUUAAUCAGUUGUGCCGAAGCUGCAUUUGGAGGAGUCAAAGAAUCUGGAAUCGGACGCGAAGGAGGUGCUCAAGGAGUGGAUGAGUUCACCAACUGGAAGUAUAUCUGCACUCAAUAUUAA